GAUCAAUAACGUCCAAUAACUGCGCACACAGCUGUGGGUUCAGCUUUUAUAAAACUAGUGAAAUACUCUCGCAGCUACAGCCGCAGGCUAACGUGGCCAGUGUGAUGGCAUUUCAUAAUAAUUUAACACUAAACACCCACUCACGUUGUGUGUGAGGAUCGCUGAUGCUGUUUUGUCAACCAGCUAGCAUCAGCUACGCCUACAGGCAAGCUGCUGUUAGCAUUUUUUUUUUACACAAACAAGCGAUGGUGCUUUGUAUCUGGGAGUCACGAAUACUGACGAUGUGCUGCCAGUAGCCAGCGACGCCACAUAUAAAAGCAAAACGGUCGCCAUACUGACAUAUCAAAGUUUUGUGUGACCAUGGAUCCAACCUGCAGUGCUUCUGCUGCUCCAGCUGGUUUGACUGUCCAGGUGUGUUUCCCCGGUGCCCGUGCUGCUGUUUUGGAUAAUCUGAAUCACCAGCGGGAAGAGGGCAGACUGUGUGACCUCUCCAUCCAGGUGCAAGGGCAAGUGUUCAGAGCCCACCGCUGUGUGCUUGCUGCGUCCUCGCCUUACUUUCAUGACCAGGUGUUACUGAAGAAUGUUACAACUGUUUCCCUCCCCUCAGUUAUGGACCCAGUGGCCUUUGAGAGCGUCCUGAGUUCUGCCUACACGGGCCAGCUGAGCAUUGUGCAUGAUGACAUUGUUAACUACGUCACAGUGGCCAGUUUCCUCCAGAUGUGGCACAUUGUGGACAAAUGCACAGAGAUCCUGAAGAGGCCCCGGCCCUCAGCAGAGGCCACCCCUGGAGAGGCCACAGUAGCUCCACCUGGCACUGCGUCUCGCCAGCAGUCCCCAAGCAGCACAGACUGCUUAUAUCUGGAAAGGGAAGGAAGACGGAAGGAGAGAAAGCCUGAUGCCCUGCCUCCUUUAGCUACAUGGAGACGCCCGCAGCAGUUUCCUAGAUGGGGGCGCCCACGGCCCUCAUCAGCCCAGCACUUAGCCGACUCUCAACUGGACGCUCUCCCUGGUUACGCGGAGAGUGAUUACACCAACUGUGAGGAAGCAUGGGUAUCAAGCAAUGCCAAAACUAGCCAUUUUGCUCAUGAUGGAGCUGGCCACAAUAGUCGGUACCACGGGGGGUUCCCUAGUGGUGAGGCAUCAAAGCAGAAAGCCAGGUUUCAACAGCGAGGAGCACCGCCAAGCACUGAUAGACUGCUCGAUAAGAAUAGAGAGAGCGGGGACGGUGAUGAGACGCAAGAGAAGAGGAAGAAGGAGAAGAGAGAGAUUGAAGCAGAUGAGGGAGUUGGAGAAGCGGCGGUGGAGAAGAAGGGAGGCUUCACAGAAAUGGGACACUGCGCAGACUUCCACCCAGUUUCAAAUGAGAAUGUAGCUGCUGGACAAGCCUCGGGGAAAGGUAGUGUGGAGGAGAUCAAGGAGAAAGCACAGAGAAAUUUGGUGGGAAGAGAUCCCUCCUCAGACCUGCCCAGUGGUCACGCUUGCCAAACAGGUGUAGAUGUUUCGGGUCCUUCCUGCCCAGUUUCAGCUCGGCUCCAGUGGCAGGCGGGUCCCUGGUCUCAACAAGAGCAGAGGCCGCAGGAAGGAGAGGGUGGCAGCUGCAGUAAAGACGAAGAUGAAGACGAUGAGGAGGAGGACGUUGACUUUGAAUGUUUAACAGAAGGAACUUUUAGCAGAGAGACAUAUGAUGAGAUUGAAGAUGGCACAGGACAGGUUUCCCAGAGGCCUUUAGUGCCUGCAUCUCCAGACUUCACCAUGGCAGGCUCAGAGGUGAACUGGCCCUCCACCAGCGCGGGACAGGGUAGCUCUUUGACUCCCACCUCAACUCGCCAUCAGUCUCCAUCCUCUGCUGCAUUUCAGCCACCCUCUUCACCCCCGACCCCAUCUUCUUCAUCCUCAGUGUCUCUUGCUGGCGCCCCCUACACUGGAAAAGUCCACUUCUGCCACUGUGGCAAAGCUUACACUCUGAAGAGUAUGCGUGACCGACAUGUGAAGAUGCAGCACCUCAAUCUGCGGCCCUUCGGCUGUCCUGUUUGCACAAAGUCCUUCAAGAUGAAGCACCACCUAACCAAGCACCUUAAGACUCACGGGGGGCUGCGGCCCUAUGAGUGUGGCCUGUGUGGGAAGAAAGUCAUAUGGAGAGACAGCUUCCUCAGGCAUCAGGCUCGAUGUGAGAGACUUGCCUCCAGCUCCUCAGCCAACAGCAACAACGCAAGCACAGCUGCAGCAGAUAUGGAUGACAGCUACAGCUAUGGGUUUGAAGACGGGGAGGCUUUUCUUGCAACAGGAGGACAAGUAAAAGUUGAGGAGGUGGAGUUCCAUGGGGAGAUGGAGGAUGGGAUGCGUGGCCUGUUGGGCAGCGUAUCUGGGAUUGUGGAUGAGCUAAGAACUCAGUCACAAGAUUUAAACACUGGUAGUCAUGUUUUUAAAGAGGAGGCAAGUGAGAGCUUUAGUGGAAAUUAAACGUCAGUGUAAAACUGUAUUACAUAAAUACAAAAACAACAUCAAACUUUAAAGUCUAUUGAUGGCUUCUCAGAGCUGCCAUUUUUGUUAAAUCCAUUUUAUGUGCAUUCUUUACAUGUCAUGGGAAAAACGGAACAGGAAUAAUUAUGCUCCAAGUGAUCCUUUUUAAUUUGUGCAGUACCACGUAGACUCAGUUCUCGUUUAGUGAUGCUGUAAACUGUACAACUGUGUUGUGAAUGUACAUCUUGAGCCCGAAUAAAGUUUAUUUGCUUUUUGCACAUAAAUUAUUUGCCCUUGAUCUACAUUACAAAAUAACUACCAGGGUAUAAAAUUGUUUUUGUGCCAUAUCGAUGUCUUUUUACACUGUGUAAAGGAAUCUUGAUUUACACAUGGUAAUAAAAACUUUUGAUUUUU